AUGAGAGAAGAGAAACCCAUUAUCCGCCUCGAAUCCAUCACGGGCCUCACCCCUUUCGAAACGGCGCGUAAUGAACCAUUCCACGGGAACGCCUGGCUCGCUUACAGUUUCAACGACGGCAGCGGCAGUGCACGUAAUUUCGCCUGCCUUUCCAUUGCGGAGAAGAGAGAGCGGCGACGAGGUUCCGCGCCCACUCGAGGUCAGUUCCUCAGCCAUCCUUUAGCUGCUCUAGCUUACGUCCCGAAAGACGUGGCCAUUUUCGCAGCUGGCGCCAUCGCUGGAGCCGCCGCUAAAACUGUCACUGCCCCUCUCGACCGCAUCAAGCUUCUUAUGCAGACUCAUGGUGUAAGAGCUGGGCAAGAGAGUGCAAAAAAGGCUAUUGGUUUCAUUGAGGCGAUCGUAUUGAUUGGGAAGGACGAAGGAAUUAAAGGGUAUUGGAAGGGCAACCUUCCUCAGGUGAUUCGAGUUGUACCUUACAGUGCUGUCCAGCUCUUUGCUUAUGAAACUUAUAAGAAACUUUUCAAGGGAAAAGAUGGUGAACUAUCUGUUAUUGGAAGACUUGCUGCUGGAGCUUGUGCUGGCAUGACAUCAACUUUUAUAACAUAUCCGUUAGAUGUCCUAAGACUACGUUUGGCAGUUGAACCAGGGUAUCGAACUAUGUCUGAGGUUGCCUUGACCAUGUUUCGAGAGGAAGGGUUUGCAUCUUUUUAUUAUGGUCUUGGACCUUCUCUCCUUGGCAUAGCUCCGUAUAUUGCUGUGAACUUUUGCAUUUUUGACCUGGUGAAGAAGGCUUUGCCAGAGAAUUAUCGCCAGAAGACUGAAGCGUCCCUACUAACUGCUGUGGUGUCAGCUGCUUGUGCCACUCUCACCUGCUAUCCUUUAGACACAGUGAGAAGACAAAUGCAAAUGAGGGGUACACCCUACAAAUCAGUUUUGGAAGCCAUUCCUGGUAUUGUUGAACGUGAUGGAGUUAUUGGUUUGUACAGAGGAUUUGUUCCCAAUGCAUUGAAAAACCUACCAAAUAGCAGCAUUAGGCUUACAAGCUUUGACAUUGUCAAACGACUAAUUGCGGCCAGUGAGAAAGAGUUUCAGAAAUUUGUGGAGGAAAAUAGCCAGAAAGAAAAGAAGGAAACCAAUGCUGAACAAUCCUGAUCCUCGGAAUUUGCAUGUCAUGGCAUUUUUAUGGAGUACCAUUUGUUUGCUCUCCAGUUUUUGUUUUGGAGCUCAUGUUCCUCCAGAAGUAGCGGCUACUGCAAGAAUUACAUUUUACUUAAGAUUACCUGUAUAAUAUGUGAGAAUCCUCAAGCUGCCAGCCUAUAUUUGUGUUCCCUGUUUAGCCAGAGGUUGCUGUAGUCAGUUUCCUUUUUUCCCAUUUUUAGGUGGAACUGGAAUUGAAGUUCCGCCAUAAUGGUAGGAAAUUUGCAUUACCAAGUAACCAUGUAUUGUACAUGAACAUUCUUGAGCUGCCAGUUCUUUCAAUUGCUGGGGCUGUAUUGUUGUAAGACAAUUAUUUUUGCUAGUCUAGUACUAUGUUUUACAUAA